CUUUGUUUACGUUAGGAAUGCAUUCUUUAUAACACUCUUAUUCGAUGGUAAACGGUCAUUUAUGAACAAAUAUCACUGGAGAACACAUCAGCAACUUCCUUCAGCAGACAACACUGCAUACCGGAGAGAAAAAUUCUUCUCAGCUAUGGAUGCUCUGUUAUUUCCAGGCCAAGAGCGAGUAAACCAACUUGGAGGAGUUUUUGUGAACGGUAAACCUUUGCCUAAAGCACUCCGCAUCCGAAUUAUCCAACUGGCACGCUUAGGCGUAAGAGCAAGUGAUAUUAGCCGACAGCUACGCAUUUCUCAUGGAUGUGUCAGCAAGAUCCUUAACAAAUUUUACGAAACUGGCUCCAUCGAGCCUGGCGCCAUCCCUUCUUCAAAAAGCCGCGAAAUCACUCCCGAAAUAACCAAAAGAAUAGAAGCGUUUGUCGCUGAGCAGCCCGAUAUGUUUUCGUGGGAAGUGCGGGACCGUUUGCUCUUGGAGGGGGUAUGCGUGAAAGCAAAUUUACCAUCCAUGGAAGCGAUAAGCCAGCUACUAAAAAGCAAGAAUGACAAAUGCGAUCCUGAAUCGUCCAACUGUUCUCCAGGAAGCUUGAAAAGAAGCUUCUCAUGUUCGGAAUCCGAGGAGGAACAAGAGAUGAUAAAGAUUCCAAAAUUCGAAGCGCCAUUCUCUAUAUCUAACAUUCUAAAUUUGGCGGGAAAGCGGGAGGAGGGAAAAUCAUGCAAAGAAGAAAGAAAAGAAGAAGAGGAUGAAGUGGAGAGUCAAGAUGAUGCACCAGAAUUUACCACGAGAGGAAAACAAGCACUUUUCUCAGGAAGAUGCAACCAAGAGUUAUUUUUUAGUCGAAAGCCGAGACGUGGUCGCACAAAGUUUUCUAUGAAUCAGGUAGAAGAGUUGGAGAAAGCUUUUGCUAAAACACAUUACCCGGAUGUCUACACCCGAGAGGAACUGGCGCAACGAUUGGACUUGUCUGAGGCAAGAGUACAGGUUUGGUUUUCAAACCGCAGAGCUCGCCUCAGAAAAGAAGAAUAUUACACCGAAACAAAUCAGACAAGGGAGUUGUCCAAAGCAGUCCAUAGUUAUACAGCAUUAACUACACCUACAGCAAGUUUUACUCGAAUUUUUUUCCCAAAUGGUGCUGCAUAUGUUGUGCCAUAUUACUGACUUCCUUGGAGCGAAAAAUAUUUAUAUUAUACAUAUAUCAUAAUAAGGUUUUAUAAAGCGAUUUUUAUUUGUAGUUAUGAUUAAUUGUAUAGAUUUCAAUAGUGUUAAAAAAUUGCAGUAAGCAGACUUGUCAGGAAAUGUAAAAAGACUUCUCAUUCACAUUUUCAUGUGGAAACUUUCACGAGUGUUUCAAAAAGUGAACUUGCCGUUUACGAUAGGUUCAAGAAGCACGCUGAGGAUUACCUCCAGAAAUGUAGGUUUGCAUUAAAUUAUUUGAGAAAACUAACCAUGAAGCAGACAUGGGGGGAAUAUGACAAGUUUACAAGUUUAUUACAUAACAUUUAGAUAGAUUAUAAAAAGAGCAUCCACUUCAGCCACCCAAGGCAGGAUCAAGUGAAGGUUAAUUUUUUUUUUAAUUCUUUUAUACAAUUUCGGAGUAUAGAUACUAAGCCACGUGAAAUAAUAGAAACAUACAAGAAAUAAUAAUAAUUAUACUGUUAGGAAAGUUCUUUUAAUUCUAUCUUUUAGUACUCAAACAUUUAAACACUCUUUGAAGUACACGCGACUCAUCUCGAUGCCAAAAAAUCCAUAGCUGUUCGUCAAUUAGUUUUACGCAAUAUAAUUUUAGUAAUGUCUCAAAACAUUUUGUGCAAAGAUUGCCUUUAAUCAUUGGCAAAUUUUAGUUUAGGUUUCUGCCACAUAUCCCUAGAUAACCUUCCCGUGAUGUUCAUUUUAGCAGAUGACUCAGAGCGAGACUUCAUUUAAUUGAAAGGUGUCUGUUUUUAACUUCGAAUCCAAGUUAUCUUAUAAAUUCACUCAGUUACUGGGUAAGAUAUGCAUUUCUAAUCGCCAAAAGACUCUGUCUUCAUUAAUUGUUCAGUGAUCAAGCUCUCCUUACUAACACUAUGCAAAACGAACAGUCAGCAACUCCGUCAGAACUUGUAUAAUAGUUUUCGCAUUAGCCUGGCUAAGAGUGAGGCGAAACGGUUCGAAGUGUGUGUAGCUUUACGAUUCACAAAAUCAUAUUGAUUUAGAUCCAAUUGUUUGUCUAAAGCAAACAUGGAGAGAGAAAUUUUCAUGAUAUAUUUUUCAACCAAAAGAUUUAUUCUAUCAACAACUGGCUGGCAAUAUUUGUCCAGCGAAUGUGUGUUAUAUUUAACUCGAUAGCUAAAUUUAAAAACAGUUCAUUAUGACUAUGUUUUACAUGUUCUGAUAGUGGUUGCCUCGCCCUGAGAAGGCUGGGCACAGACUAACACAAGCACGUACGCUUUCGCUGCUAAGUAAGAGUGAAACAGUAAUUUAGAAAUUAUACAACAGGGAAUGUAAAAUGUUUUAAAAUCGUUAGAGUCAACUGAUAAUUAGUCCAAGUUAGCUAAGGUAAGAAAGUUUCAGGACGAUAAUUCAUUGGGCCGUAAGUAUUCGUAAGCGAAUUUUCUUGAACUGUUUUUAAUAUAAUACAAUUCAUGUGAAAUGUUCA